AUGCUCUUCAGCCAAUCGGAAAGGAAAGUGAAGAAACCAAACUACUCUGAUUCCUAUCUACAGGCUUUUGAUGCUUUCUGUGAGGCCCUGCGAGAGACCAGGCAAAGUCACUUGAGCUGUGACUAUGAUACAAGUCUCCCUUUCUGGGUGUGUGAGACCUGCCCGCCUCCCAAGCAGCUCCGCCUAUCCACAGGUACUACAGAACACUCCUUAGACAAUGGUGACGGUCCUCCCUGCCUUCAGGUGAAGCCAUGCACUCCUGAGUUUUAUCGGGCACAUUACCAACUGGCCUAUAGGCUGCAGUCUCAGCCUCUUGGCCUGGCACUGCUGUUGAGUAAUGUACACUUCACUGGAGAGAAAGACCUGGAAUUUCGCUCUGGAGGGGAAGUGGACCACAAUACUCUAGUCACCCUCUUCAAGCUUUUGGGCUAUAAUGUCCAUGCUCUACAUGAUCAGACUGCACAGGAAAUGCAAGAGAAACUUCAGAACUUUGCACUGACACACCGGGUCACAGACUCCCGCAUAGUGGCACACCUCUCACAUGGUGUGGAAGGUGGCAUCUACGGUGUGGAUGGCAAACUGCUUCAGCUCCAAGAGGUUUUUCGACUUUUUGACAGUGCUAACUGUCCAAGCCUACAGAACAAGCCGAACAUGUUCUUCAUCCAAGCAUGCCCUGGAGAGGAGACGGAUGGAGGGGUCGACCAGCAAGAUGGAAAGUACCACCCACAAUCCCCUGGAUGUGAGGAGAGUGAUGCUGGCAGAGAGGAAUUAAUGAAGAUGAGACUACCUACUUGCUCGGACAUGAUAUGUGGCUAUGCUUGCCUAAAAGGCACUGCUGCCGUGCGGAACACCGAAUGGGGUUCCUGGUACAUUGAAGCACUCACUCGGGGUUUCUCCGAAAGAGCUUGUGACAUGCACGUGGCUGACAUGCUGGUUAAGGUGAAUGCCCUUAUCAAGGAGCGUGAAGGCUACGCCCCUGGCACAGAAUUCCACCGAUGCAAAGAGAUGUCUGAGUACUGUAGUAGGACUCUGUGUCGGCAGCUCUACCUGUUCCCAGGUCACCCACCCACGUGAUGCCACCUGCUGUUCAUGCCCUUGGAGGCCACUGGACCGCUGGGGGCACAAUGGAGCCUUCUCUUGAGGAUGGUUUUUUGUUCUGUCUACCCCCUCAGGGAUAAGAGACUCUACCAGGCUUGUUUGCUGUCGGCCGUCUCCAUCUUUGGGUAUGAGACUUAAGGACAGCUCUCCCCGUGUGGUGCUCUCUCCCUGUAGAACCAGCUCUGAAUGGAUUUGUUGCCAGAAGCAUUUUGGCUACAGCCCAAGAGCCUGGAAAAUGACAUUAUGAACACAUUAUUGUUGUGGGGAGAGAGCAUGUGGAUUUCUCAAUGUUUCAUAUUUCUGUUCCAGGGCUCUUAGGGAUACUUUGGUCAUUGCUUUUUUUUUUUUUUAAACAUCAUUUAAGGUAUCUCAGAGAUCAUCUCCUAUCUUUUUUUCAUAUCUACAACCUCAUUUUUCCCCACAGUGAAGAUUUGGAAGAUGUCCCAAUUUAAUGCGGGUGUGUUCAACUAUCUUGAUGAGGCAGAGAGACUUAGACCCUGCUACUGUGAGCAGACGUUCCUGUGCAUGCUUUUGAGCGUAGGCCUGAGGUGAAGGGCCAUCUCCUCAGCUUCACCCUGGGCUCCUUUGUGCUCUGUGCACCCAGCCUUUGGCCAGAGCCUCAGGUCUGUAUGCUGUGACACUGGAAGUUGUGGACAGCUCCCUGGUCAUGCUUUCUUUGAAUUGUCACCGAAAUGAACCUUGUAGGCAUUUCAAUAUAGGCACUCGGUGACAGGUAAAUGUGCUGUGUCUCACACUGUCACCUGUCACCAGAAUGUCUCCUUCCUUACUGUGAUUUCUGAUGUGCAGUUAAACUGAACUUCACAGCCGGCCUCCAGGAAAUUUCUUGCUUUGCACUGAUUCCCCUCUUCAUUUUCCUCCCAUUCACUGUCUCUGCCAAGUCUGUGAAGUCCUCCUUUGCAGGAUCUUCUGGCCACUGAAGGUGUGGCUGUAUCUUGUUCCUGCCAUCUGCUUGAGCAUACGGUUCCUUCAGUUUUAGGAGGCAUUAUCCCAUCUCGCUGUCUGUGUGUUAGUGAGGAUAGUUGCAUACAUGAUAGGCCACUAACCUAGAAGCACUUGUCUCUGCUUUUAUGAACCUUUUUUAUUCUUUAAAACCUUUUGCAUUUCCAUUUUUGCUUCUCUCCCAGUUUAUUCUCCACAUAACGGUAGUUUUGGUUUUUAAAAUGUCUGAUGAUGUCACUGUCUUGCUUAGAACACUAGCUUCCUGUUACACCUCAUCUAAAAUUCAAAUCCUUACCCCACUUUAUGAGAUCUGGCUCUCACCUUCCCUUUGGAUCUCAGUAAAUGGAGAUUUCACACUGUGCUCUGGCCCCUCUCAGUUCCUCCUUCACUGCUGCAGGUGUUUUGAGCGCUUCUUUAGGAUAGUGUCUGAUUCUCGAGUCUCCAGUAGACCUCUGGUCCAUGCUGUCCACGAGCAGUCUUCUGUACCUCUUCUGAGGGCAUCCUGGUGGCCCUUCAUUGUGCUUACUGCGGUUUGUAGAGGCACACUUGCAUGUUUUGCUUGUUGAUACUGUUGGUUAAACAGCACACUGCUUGUGGCUGGCCGCCGCCCGCAGUGACCAUGCCGGCGGAGGAGAGUGAGAGGGCCCACCACUUUUUAGGCUGGGAUGCUGUCGCAGGCUGAUGACGUAAUUAAGGACAGACUCCUUACAUCCCAGAUUUUUGCUUAUUAUAAAAAAGCAGGUAGAUGGGAAUAGGGGCGUUGUUCCUCUCAAAAACUGCUUCCAGCUGACUAUUGGAUGUCGGUUGGCUCUUGGGGGAGUCUUCUGAGGUAGACAGGUGUUGUGGGAUGCUGUCUGUCAUCCGUUUGCUCUGGAGACAUGUAUCCUUCUUGGCUGUGGCUGGGAACUUUCUGUUUGACAAAAUGCUGGUGACACAGAAAAAACUUAGAGAGAUAAAAGAAUCAUUAUUAUUUUAUGUUGACAUUUAUCUGAGGUAGAUCCGGCCUGUCCCUAUGGAUUUUGAAACAUGUUAAGCUUUAUCAGAGACAGAUUAUUUUAAAGCACCUGUUUUCUUUAUUAGUUUGGCAUCCAGGAGACAGGUGAUCAAUUGUUAAAAGCAUCUCACAGUAAUAGAUGUUUAUAUUAAAGUCUUUUUAUAGCGCCCAGACGCUUUUGGGUCUGGGGUGUAAAUACCUUUAGCUGUUACAGUUUCUUACUUGAUGAUCUCUGGACUCUGGUUCUGUGGUGGUCCUGUAUCAUUGACUGAACAGUGCAUGAAAAUUUAUUUUUUUGGAAUUAGGGACAAGGCAAAGAUCAGGGCCCCGUCUGUAUGCACGUGAGAAACACAGGCAGUGGAUCUGGAGUGAAGCAAUGAGCUCUUAUUUUACGUGGAAAUCUUUUUUCUUUAAGUAACUCUGAAAGUGCAAUUAAAUCUGGUGAGGUGGUAAGGCUGUCCUCUGUACCUGAUAAUAAAGGAGAGGUGAUAUCCCAAAACUCCCAGGACUGAGUCAGUGGCUCUGGUGUCCAGAAGGAAAGAAACAGAUCGAUUCCCUGCUGCGUUCUGGGUUCCCUGCCAUGGCUGUAGCCAAGCCUAGGUCUGCUGGAGGUCUUAGCUUGAUGUACCCAUGCAUCUUAGCACCUGGGGGCAGUCAGCUGACUCUUUGUCUUUCUAGGCGGCACUUUUAACAAGACUGUUGAUGGCCUGGCAGGGCAUUCGCUAGCCCGUGGCCUUUUCUUCACUUAAAACAGGGACCCAACAGCUUUUGGAAGUUAGCAAGUGCCAGCACUUGGCAAUUUUGUUUUCGGGCUUUUAUCUCUUCCCUGGCACACCUUAAAUGUCACAGAUGACUCUCUUGCCUGUGGGGUCAGGAGCCUUGCUCUCCAGAUGCUUAAGUUUUAGUCGGGGAGGUGUGGGAAACAGGAGAUGGAUUUUACUCUGUGUCCUGAAUUUUUUUCCUGAUGAUUGGUGGCUUAAGGACAGCUUUUGGAAGAUCUGCCAGGAGGCAGACUAUAAACUGAUCCUUUUGGAAGACUUGUCUGAGGCUAUAAGCUGAUUUUUGGCUUAAGAGCCAUUUUGACUACUGUAAACUUAUUUGUAUGGAUCUUAGCCGCUUCCAGACCUGUCUGUGUUUCUCAAGGCAGUUUGAGAACGAGUGGGUGGAGUUAAGGUGAGUUAGGGCGAGACGUAGAAACCGCCCAAGCCCGCCCAUUUGAGCCCGCCCACUGCCGGUGGAAGUCAGACAGAAAAGGUUGCACAUGGCAGAUGCAGAGGUGGGGAGGGAGAAGGGUUUAGAGCUUCAGCAGAAAGCUUGGAGAUAAAGUAACUCUUAUUUGCCCGUUCGCUGGCAGAAGUUCCCGCGAUGCUGUUAUGCGGCCAGGUUUACCAGUGCCCACCCCUAUCCGCCAAUGUAGGUGGCAAAUGUAUCCGUCCCUUUGUCCCAUGGCUGUAGCCAAGAGAAAAAUAAAAAAUUGAAAUAACAAACCAGGAUCAGACUACAAUCUCGGGCGUCCCUGUGGAGAGAGAUCUAUGAAUCAGCUCAAGUCACCGUUCCUCUUCGUCAAGGGAAGGUGAGGGCUUUGGAUGCACUGCAGUUGGUCCACCCUUGAACCCUAGACACCAUUGACCCCCUCGUCAGGAUCAAAAAAUGUGCCUGUCAUUGCCAGUACAGCCCGAGGACAACCCCCGGGGUGUCCGUCGCAAAGAAUAUAGCUCAGACUACAGCGUGAGAACGGCUGACUCACUGUGGUGACGGCAGCAGUAGCAGUGUGGGGGUCCAGCGGCAGAUGGCAGCGGUCACAGCAGGUCCUCGGUGCUCGGUGGUGUAUCCGAGUUACGGCACCAAUGUUGGUUAACAGCCCACUGCUCGUGGCUGGCGGAGGAGAGUGAGAGGGCCCACCUGCUUUUUAGGCUGGGACGCCGUCGCAGGCUGAUGACAUAAUUAAGGACAGAAUCCUUACAGAUACCUUCCCUACUAAACUGAAAGCUCUCAGAGAGAAGAAAUCAUGUUUCUUACUUGCUGUAUACCCAGUACCUGGAACUUACUAGGUCGUCAAUGAAUGUUUCUUGAAUAAAGGAAGGAGGCAAGCCGCUAACUCUAGUUAAAUCCUGCCUUUAACAAUUUCUAAAUUGCUAUUAUAGUAUGCAGUUUAAUUAGUAUUUGUACUCUUCUGGUUUUUUUCAGGUGUUCUAUUUUUAUCCACUGAUUUAUUGUUUGUUUUUAAACCAUCUGAAGACAUAUCACGUGUGAGACAACUUCCUUCACAUCUCCAUGGUGUCCAGCAUAUUUGAGGCCUAUGAUAGUUGAGGUGCUCAAUUAUUAUUUGUUGUAUGAAUCAAGUGGUUUGAAGACUUGCUGCCAAAUUCUGCUUUUGGGUCAGUAUAGGAUGCAUAUAUUUGUGUG